CCUUUGGUGGGGGUUUCGCUUCCCUUGGCUUGGCUUUGCUUUGUCUCGUGUUGCUUUGUGUUGCUUUGCUUGUUUUGCUGCCCUUAAGCGCCCUUCAUUAUCGCCGUAUCAGUAUCGUCCCGCUGCGUCGGGAGUGUGGGUUCUAUUCUCGCAAUCCUCCACUGUCGGCGUGCCCAAGCUAGUGUCUCAACUUUCUGUGAUGUGUGUGGAACUGUAGAGAGGUUUUUCGUGGCCGAAACGACAGGGAGAGAGAGAGAGCGAGAGAGAGUGACUGUGGAGGUGAUUUGAGUCGGUUUGAAGUGCGUUGUGGAAGGAGAGGGAGAAGCGAAAGAAGGGGAGGGAGCGAGGGGACUUGGGGGACUUUGUUUUGGGAAUGAUUGUGAAGACCAAGGCUGGCACGGAUGCACACGAGUUCGCUUUGCACGGGGUUGUUGUCGUCCCUCACGUGGUGUUUGCAGCUAGGAUGUCGGGAGGGGUCGAUGUGUUGUGGAAUGUUCCGCUCCUUGAAAUUUGAGUGACCCUUACCGUCUGCCAGUGAGGCCGCUUGCAAACACCCGUAUGGGACGACGAAGCUCUGGUGUUGCUCAACAUCACUAGGUUUCUGGACGACGCUCUGUGCUCUCUCUCUUCAGGUUACUGGUUGCUCGGAAGGUCGCAGGACUGCUCAUAGUCGCGGUGAUCCCGUUGUUGUGUUGGAUUCAGCCUUUUUUUCUGCGCGUUGGGGCGCAGUAGAAAGGAGGAGGGGUCGGCUCUAUAUCUUGGCGGCGUGCUUGACGCAAUUGGUGAAGAGGACUCCUCUCCCAAGCUUCGCAUCCGAAGGCUUCCUGAAACCACAGUGCGUAUAUUGAGCUGGAACAAUUGUUGUCCUCGGUUUCAUCCUUGAGAUUUUUUGCAUCUAAAACAAUUGCAGGAGGAGACGGUCAGCUUGCUAGCUUACAAUGCAAGAGUCCAGUUUAGACAAAUCUAUGACUCUGUUAAGCUCUACUACCAACCAACCUGGCCCUGAUUUGGCGCUACAUAUCUGCCCACCAAACAGCAGCAGCGAAGUACGACCAAAAGCCUCCUCACCGCAAUGUGUAAGCCAAGACUUGCCCGAGCAUGUUCAUGGCUUUGAUCUCUGGAAGCAGCCUCCGAAAUCUACGACCUCCUGCACUGAUAGUGAGAGCAAUGUCUCUAGCCCUGUGAAUGAGCAAUCUUCUUAUGCCGCCAAUGGCAUCGACAACUUGGGAGCAUCCACUGUUCUGUGUCUGGCGAACCCUCAACCCUCUGAUCCACCGUAUUCAAAACAAGCUCCGGAGGGUAUGGCCUUUGGAGGCAGAGAUGAAGUCCAAGAAAAUUUACUAGAAAGUCGGUAUCUUCGCAAUGAACUUGCUCAUCCUUUUUUGCUGGACAUGGAUAGCAGAUCGGAUGUGAAACUCAUUAGCCCGGAAUCAGACAGGACAUCAUCGCCAUCUGAACGGGUUCGUCAAGACUUUCGGAGGAUGUACACGGGCGAGAUCCAAGAAGAUUUUUCGCGGAGGCUGGCUGAGAAUAAUUCGGAUAACUUUCACUUCCAGCCACGUGUGUUUCCACCAGCUCCUCCUUAUUCUGCCAUUCAUGCGCUUUCACUGGGUAGGUUGAGCGAGCCUGAUGCACAAACCGACGCCUUGUUCAGAACAGACCUUUUAAAAUUGGGAAAUUAUCACAUGGGUGAACGGGAGCCUUGGGUGAGCCAUUCGAAUAACUAUGGCUUCGAGGAUGAUGUUUCUCGUCAGGUUGGGAAGGGUCUGUAUACGUCGACGUUUCCUGGGAAAUUUCCAACUUUUUUCAGAAGUUGCGGGGCAAGCUAUAAUGUAAGACAGGAGGAUAUGUAUGCGAAUUUUGCUUUUCGUCCUCGCUUUCCGCCAAAGUCGCCCUGUAAGCGUUCGAUACGAGCUCCGAGGAUGAGGUGGACUGUUGCACUGCAUGAUCAGUUUGUUCAAGCUGUGGAGCUUCUUGGUGGUCAUGAAAGGGCAACACCAAAAUCUGUUCUGGAACUUAUGAGGCGGAAGGACCUUACUUUGGCUCAUGUGAAGAGUCAUUUGCAGAUGUAUCGGACUGUGAAGACAACAGAUAAAUCAGGCUCCUCUCCAGGGCCGGGAGACCUGGAGCUCUCUCCAACUUCUGAGGCAAGACCCCCGACGGAGUCACUGCUUGUGAGCGAUGGGAUAUCUAGAUCAAGAAAGAGCAUUCACUCGUCGAAUUCUGGCGUGCACAACUUGGAAUUGGGUAACUACCACAAUUUGGAUGACCGUCAAGACACGACUGUGCCAAAACAUAACAAAGUAUGGCUUCCAGAAUUUCCUUCAAAUUACAACCCAACCCAAAGAGGGUGCUGGAAGUUUGGGACUCUCAGCUGCUAAUGAGGAGACGAAAAUAAACAUUGUCAGCUAGGAAUCAUGCUUUCUGAGAGGUAGCUGUUUUCAUGCGUGUCGUAUACCAUGUAUCGGAUAUAUAGUCCAUUGUAUGGUUUUGGUUAAGUAUGUUCGGAGUGAAGCUCAACUUAUCUGGUCGUUCAGGUUUAGUAGGUCUAACAAGUGAAGGAUCUAGAUCCAUUAAGUUUGCUUAAGGUUCGUGUAUACAUGUGACAAAUGGUCCAAUGUUAAGUGAAGUAAUGUUAAAUGAAGUGAAGUGAAAUGGUUUAUAACUUCGACCCUGCUGACUUUCAAGCUUGGUCUUAUGUAAUAUAAGAGUCACUAAAAGAUAUGAAUGCAAUA